GAAUCCCUCCUCUGCUCCGGCCAAACCAUCCUCAUAACACCCAACCUGCUCUCGGCCCUCGCCCGCUUGCACGACGAUAUAAAAACCACGCCCAUCUGGAUCGACGCCCUAUGCAUCCACCAAGAAUCCGCCACGGAACGAAGCGCGCAGGUCGCGCGCAUGGACUCCAUCUAUCGGUCCGCGCAAAAAGUUAUUAUCUGGCUUGGGCCGGAGGACGAAAAU